AUGUGCCGGGGGCUUUGUCCCCAAGCCAAGCCGCCCCAUGGCCACAUUGGGGACCCAUCCCUGCCCUUGUCCCCAAGCCAAGCACCCCCUCAGCCACACUGGGGACUUAUCCCUGAGCCCCUCGGUCCCGUCAGGGACUUGUCCCUGCCCUUGUCCCCAAGCCAAGCCACCCUUCGGCCAUCUUGGGGACUUGUCCCCAAGCAGCUCCUUGGCCAGGUUGGGGACUCAUCCCUGUCCUUGUCCCCAAGCCCUACAGUGCCCUGCACGUGUCAGGGAUGUGCCGGGGGCUUUGUCCCCAAGCCAAGCCACUCCUUGGCCAUACUGGGGACUUGUCCCUGCCCUUGUCCCCAAGCCGAGCCACCCCUUGGCCACAUUGGGGACUUGUCCCCAAGCAGCUCCUUGGCCAGGUUGGGGACUCAUCCCUGUCCUUGUCCCCAAGCCCUACAGUGCCCUGCAUGUGUCAGGGAUGUGCUGGGGGCUUUGUCCCCAAGCCGAGCCAACCCCUGGCCGUGUUGGGGACUCAUCCCUGCCCUUGUCCCCAAGCCCCACAGCCAUUUUGCAGGCAGCUCCGAGGCACAAAGGGUCGCAGCAGCACCCCUUGACCCCCCCAAACCCCCCUUCCACUCCCCCCCACCCCCCCCAGGACCGGGGCACUGGGGUAAGAGCGAGACGGGUGGCGUGUCCCUGUCCUCGGGGGCUGCGGUUUGGGCUGUUUACGCGCAGCAGGACGGGUCAAGGUCGCGGAUUGUAAGCGGCGGAGCAGCUGCUGCCGGCUGGAGCGGGGCCAGCGGCCGCUCGCACCAGGCACCGCUGCCUCCGCCUGCCUUCCCAGCACCCAAAAAGGCCAAAUUUAACCCCAAAUCAGGGUCCUGCCGGCGAUGGGGGCGACCGGCGCUGCUCUGAACGCCUCUUUCAUUCAUGGACUGAGUUGUGGCUGGUCUCAGCCUUGGGGGGAGCUGGGGGGGUUGGUGCUCGCUCUGGGUUUUACUCCCCGGUUUGGGGAGCGGGGGUCGUGCCCUGUGGGGGGGUCCCAGUGGGUGCCCCCGGUGCGGGAGAAUAAAGCCCCCUGGGUGACCA